GACCGAACAAAAAAUCUGUGAUGUUCCGCUAGUGAGGAGGUAAAUAUGAAGGUACCGGCAUUCUUUGUAGUUCUUGUCUUCUGCGCAACUUUCGAAAAAUGCUUCUGCAAGAAACCCAAACCCCCAAAACCGUCUUGCGGAUAUCCACCAUCGCUGUGGUGCAAGACUUUGGAAAUAGCCACGGAAUGCAAGGUUCUGAAGCAGUGCAUGGAGCUGAACGCUACGCGGCCCAACCCGGCCGUCCCCAAGGUGGAGGUGGCACUGUACUACGAGAGCUUGUGCCCAGGCUGCAGGGCUUUCCUGGUGGAGCAGAUCUUCCCCACUUGGGUCAUGCUCAACGAUAUCAUGGAUGUCCGGCUGGUGCCUUUCGGCAAUGCGGUGGAGACCCAGCACCUGGAGAAGUACGAGUUCCAGUGCCAACACGGAGAGCCAGAGUGUCUGGGUAACAUGCUGGAAACCUGCAUUAUGAAGUUGGUUGGAGACAUGGGAUUCCUCAUUAUUUUCUGUAUGGAAGCUGCUGCUGAUGUCUUGACUGCAGCCCAACCUUGUGUCCAGCUGUAUGCUCCUUCAGUGAAGUGGGAGGCCAUCAUGACCUGUGCGAAAGGAGACCAGGGGAUGCAGCUCAUGCAUGAGAACGCAGAGAAGACCAAAGCACUGAAUCCACCCCAUGAGUAUGUGCCCUGGGUGACCAUCAAUGGGGAGCAUACAGAGGAGUUGCAGGACAAGGCCAUGUCGUCUCUGUUCACCCUGGUCUGUAGCUUGUACAAGGGGGGCAAGCCCCCAGCAUGCACUGGGGCACUGAAGAAACUGGACCGGAGUUUCUGCUAAAACAUGACACUGGAGCCUUUGACCUAUACAUGUGGAUCUCCUAUUGAAUAACUGUGUGGGGCCCAUCUGUACAGUACAAUAAUGUACAUUUCUACUAGCAUUUUACCUUGUUACUAAGAUCCCCUUUCUUAAGCAAGCCAAGGUUCCUAUGUUAAUGUGCACACCAUUUUCCAUCUGAAACAAAGCACUUCUGAAAUGGAUUGGCAUGUAAAGCUAUUGCCUUUCACUGUCGUAGUGAAUCAUAUAGAGUUUCAUUGUAACGGCUAAUCCAUUAUACGCUACCGCUAUAACUAGUUGCUAUUGAUCCGUGGGCCACCUAAAUAUUAUUUUAAAGAUUGGAAAUGUUUUACAGGAAUAGUGAUGAGUGUUUAUUUGAUCUCACUGAAAUUCUUAUCUGUUCCCCUCCUGCUUUCAAGCUUCAUGUCAGUCUCAAACAAAGCACUGUUUAACCUUUAUAAAGUGAUUAAAUGUCAAA